CCGUCUCGCGAGCAGGACACAAAAACGCGGAGGCUGACACAUCCUGUUUGACCAGUGCAUUUUGGGUAACCAGGACCAGAACCAGAACCAGAGCCAGAACCAGGAACCCAGGCUAUAUAGAAGCCAUAGCUUUUCUAACUUUCCCGGCCAAGGUGUGCGAGUGCGCGAGUGUGGGUAUCCUGGCUGUCUCUGUGUGCGUGAGUGUGUCUGUGCGUGAGUGCUGUGUGUGCUGGCCAACACCAAACAAAAGCCAUAAUAAGUGACGAAUAAAUUUUAAAACGCGCGCUUAACACAAGCUACCUGAAGAUAUAUACAUUUUUUCCCCUCUUAAGUGAAGUCGCUCUAAGUUUUGAAAAGAAAAUAAUAUUUACAGAGUUGAGCUCCAAUUCACGCAGCACGAUUUCAAAUCGAAAGCCAAAAAACCGAAUGCACAUCGACGGCGCACAACAAAUCGAGCAGCUUGAUGAUGAUGAUUUAGAUGGCAAAGGAUCUGGUAACUACAGAGCUAGCCAUAUUCCUCUCUGAAGAAUUCCUCAUACCGAACCUGCAGAUGAAAAUGUGAGGGCGGUGGCAGCAGAACGGAAAUGAAAUCAAAUCGCACAGGAGCAGCUGCAGACGGCGGCAACAAUAACACUUGUGAAUUAUGGCCAAAGUUAAUUAAAAGCCAGGAGUGGAACUAGAGCUGCUCAUAAAUCAAUCCGGAUCAUGUAGAACUGCUGGAGUGCCAAUAUCCCCCAUGUCAAUGCCUAUUUACAUGGCCAAUGAAAAAUGGCCAAUACAAAAUAUACGUGGAAAAGAAUCGAAAUCAAACCAAAUGGAAAUGACUUAAGCCGGCUUACCAGCGAGCAGAACAAAGCGAGCAUAACGUGCAUAACGUAUACGCAACGUCCAACACGGCGGAUGCAUGAUUAAUUGCACUUUAAAUACACACGGAAAACGACGACAAACGAAAACGCAAAACCGAUUCUUCUCAACCAAGGCAAAAAGCAGUAAAAAAGCCGCCGAAAUGUUGCCAACAAAUGUGAUGUCAUUCAUGAAGAAGAUGGUGGCCACCGAUGAGCAGGCCAGCGAAAGGCAGCAACAUGCGACGGAUUCCGGGGGCGGGGCCUCCCAAACGGGGGCCCUGAACAAGAUGAAGGCCACGAUUUCCUCCUCGCUGCUCACCGUCACAGACAAAGUUAAUAAAAUGUCGCCACGCCCCUCUUUGGUGCCGACGGAUGCGGAUACCAGCGGCAGUUACGGCUCGCCCAGCUAUCAAAGCCAGCAGCAAAUGCAGCAGCAGCAGGAUUCCGGCGGCACUAUGAAUAACAACAAUAACAAUAGCAGCAGCACGACGACCAGCGGAGGCGGAGGGGGCGGGGCAGCGGCCAAACAGGAGCCAGGACGCAGGGCGGGGGCAUGCAGGGUGUGCCUGAAGUCCUUCAAGCCGGACGACUACCACAAGACGUGCUUCGAGUGCCAGCAGCGGGUGUGCGAGGACUGCGCCAGCUACAGCAAGCUGGACGAGCACGAGGAUGCGACCAUGUGGCGCUGCAGCGUUUGCCGGCGGAAAAUGGCCUCGCGGGUGUGCAUUCCACAGGACUCGACGGACUCCAUGCUGGACGUCCCGGUGCUGGAGGCACUGCAGCGGCGCCACUCGGACGCCAAAUUGGGCAGCAGCACACAGACGCUGGCGCCCAGCAACGGAGCCGCCCUCGCCCCGCCGCGAAGUCCUGAACUGCGGCGCCACUCGGACGUUUCGCCAGCCUCGCUCAAGGAGUUGGAAAGGCAACUGAAAGGGGGCCGCAGCAUGGCGCCCAGUCGCUCCAACAGUCCGCCGAGGGGCGAAGGUCCAGACGGACAGCCCCUCGGGGCGCCCCUGUCGCGGAUGCAGUCGCGAAGGGGGUCGCGGGUGGCCCGGCAGCACAGCUACGAUGACGACAUGAAGACCGGCCCCGUGGGCGGCAGCAUGGGCGGCGGGGGUCCGGCGCUGGGACUGGGGGCGGAUGGAGCGGGCCUUGGCAUUCCGGCCAUGCCGCGCAGGAAAUCCGCCUACGAUGUGUUUGCCCCCGGGUUGACGCAAGGAGGCGCCACACCUGCCCAGCUGCAGAGGUCGCCGGGAGAGGGCGGCAUCAUGCCGCCCAUCCAGUUGCCCGGGUCGCGGAGACCCUCGUUCCGGGUGCCACAUCCCUCGGAGGACAUCCAGAACGACGACUCGCCGGGAUCGCCGGACAAGGGCAGCCCCGUGCUGACCGUCGAUGAUGACCGACGGAUGCGGCGACGCGGCUCCCAGCUCCCCGACAUAGCGAUGCUGCAAAAUCGAGGCGCUCUGCCGGCGGUUCCGCCCUCCGCGAUUCCGCCGCCCAUGGCCUCGUUUACCGGUCCCAAUCUCGAGGAUUUGGAGGCGCCACGGCGGCAGACAUCAAUGGACGGCGAGGCCAUAAGGAUCGUAAUACAUGACGUGGAUUCGGGUCCGAUUUGUGCAUCUAAGCGGCGCAUUAUUCUGCGCCGAGAUCCCACGGACAAGGCGCACCGCACACGUGGCUUUGGGAUGCGCGUCGUCGGCGGAAAAACGGGAGCCGAUGGCCGUCUGUUCGCCUACGUUGUGUGGACCGUUCCAGGAGGAGCGGCCGAGAAGAAUGGCCUGCAGCAGGGCGACAAGAUACUCGAAUGGAACGGAAUGUCGCUGAUCGACCGGAGUUUCGAGGAGGUGUGCUCCAUCAUGGACCGAACCGGGGACAUUGUGGAGCUUUUGGUGGAGCAUGCCACGGACUUCCGGAUGUGCGAUCUGUUCGACGAGAACCUGCCGCCCGGAAAUGCGGGUGGUCAGAGCGGACCUCGGCGAUCCGGAGACGGUCCCGUCGGCCUUGGCCUCAUAGCGGAACCCGAAACCACCACAGACAAAUCACCAGCAUCGCCAACUAGACGGAAAUUACCAAAAACUCCGGAGCAAAUUGCCCGCGAGAAGCUGGUCACCGGAAGGGUCCAGAUCCAGGUCUGGUACCAUGCGGAGCGCAACGAGCUGGUCGUCUCCCUGAUGGCCGGCGAUGAUCUGGCACUGCGGGACGAGGCCUACGGACAUGGAAAUUUGCCGGAGGCAUACGCCAAAGUCCGCAUUCUCCCCAAAUGCGGUGAUGGCAGCGUGCAGCAAACGGAGGUCAGCCGACCCACGCAGAAUCCCAUUUGGAACGCCACACUGACCUUCGGUCAUGUGAAGGCCGACACCUUGAUGGAUCGCUACAUAGACAUCCAGCUGUGGGACUUGGUGCCCCACACGGAGUCCAUUUUCCUGGGCGAGUGCAGCAUUGAGUUGCAGCAGGCCUUCCUCGACGACCAGGCCAUCUGGUGUCGGUUGGAGGACACAAAGGGUCUGCGUGGCAUUAGCAUAAGCAAGUCGCCAAGUGUUUCGCCACGGGGUUCCAUUGCGGCCGGAGCUGGAGCACCCAGUGGCGAUGUGACCCGACUCCUGCGACGCGACUACAACAUGCAGCGCUCCAACUCCGAUGAUGUAGACUCCAUCGGAGAUGGAACUUCGCUGCUGCAUCCGGAUCACGCCUAUAUAGCCGGCUCGCGACGCGGCUCCUCGCAAUCGGAAACCAUGGAGGUGGAGGUCUACCAGCUGGGCAAGGACUUCUCGCGCUCAUUGCCGGGCUCGCGUCGAUCGAGCUUCCAGGAUGCCGAGAAGAAUCGGCUCGAGGAGGACGCCAUGGCCACGCCGCCCACCUCCUAUUUGGUGGGCCGGCGUCGUUCGUCCGUGGCUCGACGCGACCCGGAUGAGAUCUUGAAAUCCUUGAAGGCUGUCCGCGGCGAGCUGGGGCGCACCAUGAGUCUGGGCACCGAGCAGCACAAGCGCAUCGGAUCGAGACGUUCCAGUCGCGUUGGAUUGCCGAGCGGACCGAACAGCCGCAAGAGUUCCGUCUUGGAUUUGUCGCAGCAGCAGCAGCAGCAGUUGCAGCAGCUCCAGCAGUUGCAGUUGCAGCAACAGCAACAGCAGUACCUGCAGCAGCAUCUGCCCAUGGGCAUGGCCAAUGCCGACACCAGUCCGCCCUCCGAGGACGAGGACAGGCGGUACAGGCCGCGCUGGAAGGGAUCGGGAAGCCAACUGCCGCCGCAGAGUCCCAAGCAGGCUCUAUCCCGUCUCAAACAGGCCGCCUCCGUGUCGAAUGUGGCCCAGGAUUCCGGUCGUCAGGCGGGGGGUCAGCUGAUGGCCACCAACCCACAACUGCAGCAGCAGCAGCGGAAGAGCAGCAUGUUCCAGUUGGGCGACAGCCAGACUCCAAGUCCAACGAGCACCACCACCACCACCACCACCACUUUGCAGAGGAAGGGCAGCAUGUAUGUGGCCAAGGUCACGGAAACCCCACCUCUGGGCACGCCCACCCGGAAGGGAAGUGUUUACCAGAGGAGCGGAGUGGGUUUGGGUGUGGACAACGCCGGCGGAGACAGUCCGCAGCGGAAACAGAGCGUGGUGAAAACCUUGAGCGGCAGCUAUGUCAACAUGCCCGCCUUGACGGGUGGUGAGUCCAGCUAUGGACUCAAACUGGGCCCCUCGCAGAUCCAUCCCAAGGGCUACAGGCUGACCACCGCGCGGUACGGCGAACUCAAGAUGGGAUUCGUCAAGAUCAAGGGCAAUGUGGAGGUGGAGCUAAUCUGCGCCCGUAAUAUUGUCAACGAGGACUGCGAAACUCCGCCGGAUACGUACGUGAAGUGUUACAUCAAGGACGGCGACCGACUGCGCCACAAGAAGAAGACGCGUGUGGUGCGCCAUGCGGCGGAGCCUCACUACCGCCAGACCAUUAAAUACCAGAGCUCGGAUGUCUUUGGCCGGAACAUCGUGAUCAUGGUGUGGCAGCGGUGCGUGGGCUUCGAGCACAACCAGGGAUUGGGCGGCACGGAGGUGAACCUGGACAAGGUGAGCAUCGGGCAGCCCAUCAACGGCUGGUAUCCCCUCUUCCCGAUGCACAGCUACGGCGGCUCCGACUCGGACAACUCUCCCUGACCGAACAACCAGGAAGUCAUGCCAAUUCACAGGCAGUGCCGGAUUUGGAAUUCCCAGGAACUGGAGAUACAGCCACUGCAAGCUCAAUUUGUUAGCGCCUAAGAUGUGGAAACCAUACCACACCAUUUAUAUAUAUAUUGUUAUCCCGAGAUACUCUCUGUAUGUAUUAGUUUUUAGUUAAAUGAGCUUGAAUCGGUCGGGUUAUGUUACACUACUAAAUAUAUAACUUAUAAAUUCGUGGUGAGAGAGCUUUGUAAGUAAGGUACACAGGUAAGGCAGCACUAAAAACGGGGAAUACCAAAUUCAGACAGCACAAUAAUUGAGGAAUCGGAGUACCACAAAAGCAUAUAUAUAUACAGUACACACGCUAAUAUAUUUUUCGCUUGUUGUGUUUGUGAAAGUUUAAUGUUGUUCGCAUUUGAAUGGCAAUAAAGUUUAAAGAGUGGAUAGGAAUGGAAACUAAACGAAACUGGCACCAAAACAAUAAUGUUGAAAUUUCGAGGCAACGAAGAGAGGGAUUUAAAGCGCUUGCUAGCUAAAAAAGAAAGACAUAUUAUCCGAAUAAGUGUUAAAUAAAUGUUGCGCAAAAUAAAAACAAAACCAAAUAGGAUAGCCCCAACUAUCUGUACAGCUGAGAACCCCGCAAAAGGUUUCAACUGCUUCUCAAACACGAAAUCUGAAUGUCAAAAACUGAAGGUCCUAUAAUUCUGAAACUCUAACAAUCUAAUUAUCUAAAAAUUUGAAUAAAAAAGUAAUAAUACAUUUAAACAUCCUAAAAAUCUAAAGCCCUAACAAUCUAACUGAAUUGAACCCAAAAUUUAUAACUCUGAAAAUCGAACGAAAGAAAGACAAUGUUUAACCCAAAAUUUAAAAAAUCUGAAAAUCUAGUUUAUAUUGACAAUCUUAAUGGGUGUGUGCUACUGUGUGGACGUGAGAAUUGAGUGCGAUUAAAGCGUGAUUAAGACGAAUUUACUGUAGUCAUUUUCUUCCUAUUUUUCCCAUUUCCCUCCCGCUUUUCAAAACUCUCCAAGACGCUUUCAGCAGCCACACAAAAUCAGGACAAUCUCGUGUAUGAAAACAGUGAAAAAUUUACAUUUUCGGAACUUGUGUAUAAAUCUAAUAUCUAAUAUCUUAUAUACUAUAUCAAAGUUCAGCCUAACGACUAGGAGUUUCAAACUAAAGUUACAAACACAUAUAGAUUUAUUUAUACAACGCUUACACUUGAGUCGUAUUAACUAGAGUAUUUAAGCUGCAGAGAGAUUGUGGAACUUUUACUGUCCUAAAAAUACUUUUACCACAACAAAAAAAGUCCUUAAGCUCGAAACCAUUUCUUGUGUGGAAACUUAACGACUCUUUAACCGCAACAGCAACUAUACUCUAUAUAGUAUCUUUUUCAAGGGUAGCUGCGGGCUUUUCUUAUUGUUAGAUGUUGCUUUAAAAAAAAAGAGAAAACCCAAAGAGAAAUUACUUAGUACCAGAUAAUCCAUUGUUGUAUCUUGUAAGUACUUGGUAGUUGUCAAGGUAGUCAGGGUAAAAGUGGAACACACAAAGAUAUUCCUGUUUCCUCGGUUGGCUAAUUACACUCUUCACAAUCUGGCUGUUGUUUUAUAUACCUAGUUGGGUAACGAAAACUAUAAUGGUUGUGCUAUCUCAAAAUUAAAAACUUACUCACUAAUGUUUAACGCGUUGAUGGAGCUACAUUAUAUAUCUAUAUCUUCUUAGGUACUUUUGGUCUUUUCUACUUAACUCUAAUACCACGACUACUAUUACCUAUUGUAUUUGUACUUGGCCGAGAGUUGGGUAUCGAGUACUUUGAAUACUGUAAAAAUAACACCAUAUCAGCGUGUAGCGUUGGCCAGAAAUCUGGGGAGGAUUGCGCUUUAAAAGUGCCGAGUGGGCUGUAGCAAGGCUUAUAAGAACACAAAUCUACUGUUUGUUAAAAUAUUAAUUAGCCAUUACCUGCGUACACUAUGUAAAACAAUAUACACUGAUGUGAACUAUAUGAAUAUGAACGUACAUAUUAUAUAUAUUAUAUAUUAAUAUAUUUAAAAUAACUGUAGAAAAACCAAAAGAGACCCACA